AGAGUCAAACACCGGAGCAGGCAGGACGGCGAUAUUCACCGUUGACUGGUUGACCGGACGGAUUGUUUUCCAGUUGGAGGCAGUGCCUCCCAUCAAAAAGCCAUUCGGUUUCGUUUCUGUCAGGAUUCGGAAGGAUGCUUUUUUUUCGGCACCGAGAGUGAGAGUAAACGGGAGUUACUCUCCGUACUCCGAAAUUUCGAGGAUGUUGGCCAUGGUUUCGAUAGCCUAGCGCUAGGUCGUUCGUCGCAGUCCGUUGUCGCCGUUUGUCGUGGAUCAAUGUUUGAAUGUUGUUAAGUGUUUUGUAAUCAGCAACCAAUGGACAUUGAAAAUUGUUACAACAUAUUUCCAGUGAGAACAGUGCAUCGGAAUUUACGUUUAUGUUGUGAAUUUUGGACGUUUUUAUCGUUUGUUUGAUUAGUUGGGAGAACUUUGAUUCAGUCGCAUGAUUUCGAAAUCGUCCGACAAUAAGUGAUUGUAGUUUUUUUAUACGUUAAAAGUGUUUGAACAUUCGCUUUCAUUUUUCAAAGGAUAAAUUAAACGGUUUAGUUGGUAAAUAUAUCUGUGGUUGUUGCAGGCCAUGUGCCAUGUGAAUAGUCGUAAGAAGAGUGGUGUUACAGCACGAAAGGUGAAAACCCAUGGUUUUCCCAUGGUAAUAUGGUUUAUAUAACCCGUCCAGUGAAUACCGAUAUCGGUCGUUUCAGUACAAUCACACGAGAGAAGUUCAAGUUGAAGGACUUCAAGCUCAUAUAAUAAAUUGAAUUAACUAUAACAAAUGACAUUAAACACUGUACUUUUCAUGUGAAAAAGAGUCAAUAUUUAGUGCCUGAAAAUCGAUAGUGUGUAUAUAAUUUGCAACUACAAUAUUUCAACGCGCGGAAUCUACGAAAGAACAAAGCACAACCGCAAAUUUCUUCACAGGAUUUUCCAGACUUAUGGCAGCUAUGUCGGUGCUAGCGGGGAUUAAAACAGUGACGCAUAGGACUUGAAUCAGCUGUCGUUUCGUCCUCGCAGAGCGCAGAGUGGACAAUCAACCCCAGGGAAUGUUUUGUAUAUCUAAUGAAAAUAACAGGCAACAGGUAACCAAUACUCAUUGAGCGCUCAGCACUGUUCUGAUGUACGUCACAAGGUUACACAUGUGCAGUUUAUAUUCUACAGUAGACCAUUUGCAUAUAAAUCGUCUUCACGGAUGCUCGUUCAACGAUGGCAGAAUUGAAGGGCCGACUCGUGAACCGCACCGCCACUGAAGGUGGAUCACAUUAAAGCUGACAACGAUUGCACUUUUGAUUGGAAAAUCGCUGUAAUGAUUUCUAUAUUUAGACACCAUAAAGUAGCGCUUCAAUGAGUCCCACUGGGAGGCGGCAGCCACCGUUGAAACUGCGUCCGGCAAGGGCGCCCCUGGGAGCAUCAGGAGGAGGAGCGGUUGGAACUCCGAACCGCACCCAAGUUACUGGUACCGAAAUCAAAGGAAGCAACAAACACGACGACAGGAAUUAAUUAAUGACACUGAACUGGUUUAGAAUGGAGCACAAUUUGACACAUCAACCGUCCAGGCCAGAGCGGGCAUUGUGUCGGCAAGGAGAUGCUGAGCUAAAUAGGAAUGUAUGUGAUGACGAGAUCUGUGAUAGAAGCAACGUAGUUACCAGUAACGAAUGCCUAGCAACCGAUAGUGACUGUGGUAGUAAUCGUAGUAGACGAUGUUUAUCGUACAAACCAGUAGCUUCCAGUAUUGCGUUACCGGGUGGUUCCAGCAAUGGCGAUGUGACGUCACCGAUUAGUGGUGAGAGCGAUUGCAGUGCGGUGGUGCAACGACUCGAUGGGGGUGGCGACCCGGACGAAAUUGGCAAUUAUCUGAGUAUGAACAAUAGCCCUAGUAGUAGUUGUUAUGAUAUUCCUGCGGAAACUUCGCCAAUGAUUAGUGGCAAUGGAAAGGGUAAAAGCAAGAACGGCUUCGAGGACGAUCUGGAGGUCAGCCUGCAUCGACGAAAUUACCAGCUUCACAAGCAAACUCGUCGACAGCGGACGGAAUCAUCGGAUUGUUGUGAUAUCGAAAUCGAUACCUGUCCGGAGGAUGAGGAGGACGAAGAGGAUUCCAUGUUGACGUCCAUAAAUUCGGCGGCUACGACGGCCACCGUCACGUCCAACAAGUCACAGUUGAACGUUCCGGAGAUCCCGACUGGUCACCACGAUCCUAGUGUUAAUAUUGUUGAUAAUCCCGUUAGUGAUAGUAACGAGUUUAGUAGCAGUUAUGCGCAUGGUGGCAGAGCCACCGGCGAACAUCCAGAUGACAAUUUAGCGACGUCGCAGCCUCAAACACACAACAAAGUAACAACGACGCCUUCGAAUAUAAGCAAUUGCAGUGCGCUGCCGACCGUGACAAUGGUGCAACUGAAGCAGAAGCAAAAUUUGAACUACUUCCUACGGGUGAUCUUCAACCAUUGCAAGAGUUCCGGCAUAGGAGAACCCAGCGUAUACCAUGCCUUAGUUGUGAUAUUUCUGGAGUUUUUCGCGUGGGGUCUGCUGACGAUGCCUGUGAUAAAUGUACUGAACCAGACCUUCCCCGAUCACACAUUCCUGAUGAACGGCCUGGUGAUGGGCAUCAAAGGGAUACUUUCAUUUCUGAGUGCCCCGCUCAUCGGUGCACUGUCCGAUGUGUGGGGACGAAAGUUUUUCCUGCUGAUAACAGUGUUCUUCACCUGCGCACCCAUACCGCUGAUGUCAAUCAAUUCUUGGUGGUUCUUCGCAAUGAUCUCAAUCAGUGGAGUAUUUGCUGUGACCUUCUCGGUAGUAUUCGCGUACGUGGCCGAUGUGACGACGCUGGAGGAUCGCUCUCGGGCGUACGGUUUAGUUUCGGCCACCUUCGCCGCUAGUUUGGUUAUUUCACCUGCUUUAGGUGCCUACCUGAAUGAUAAAUAUUCGGAACCUCUUAUCGUAGCUUUAGCGACAGCAAUCGCAGUUCUAGAUGUAUUUUUUAUACUAGUAGCAGUACCGGAAAGUUUACCGGAAAAGGUACGACCUAGUUCCUGGGGAGCUCCGAUUAGCUGGGAGCAGGCAGACCCAUUCGCGGCAUUACGGAAGGUUGGUCUUGACCACACCAUUCUGAUGCAAUGCGUGACAGUAUUAUUAUCCUACUUGCCAGAAGCUGGGCAGUAUUCGUGCAUAUUUGUUUACUUGAAGCUGAAGAUGCACUUCAGCUCGAUAGACGUCUCCAUCUUUAUCGCUGUGGUCGGUAUACUGAGCAUACUGGCGCAGGUUAUUCUAGGUGACCUAAUGAAAGCACUUGGUGCUAAACGUACUAUAAUAAUAGGCUUACUAUUUGAAAUGCUGCAACUGCUGUGGUACGGUUUUGGUAGCCAGACGUGGAUGAUGUGGGCUGCUGGAAUCCUAGCAUCACUAGCGUCAAUUACUUAUCCGGCUAUUAGCGCAUUUGUUUCGAUUCAUUCGAAUCCAGAUCAGCAAGGUGUGGUGCAGGGUAUGGUAACGGGAAUGCGUGGCCUGUGCAACGGUCUGGGGCCGGCCAUGUUCGGUGUCAUUUUCUACGUGUUCCACGUGGAUUUGAAUGACGACCGCAGUGGGAUUGGUAGCCUCAACGGUCAUCCUAGUGGCAUCGGUGGCAGCGGUAUGGGAGGACUGAUAGACGGCGGUAAAUUCGUGCGAAACGAAACACUGCACGGUCCACCCGGCAGCCAUCACAUCAUCGAGGACGAGUACUCACAGCUGAUGCCGGGGCCACCGUUCGUGUUCGGGGCGUUGAUGGUGAUCUGUGCGAUUGCCGUGGCGGCAUUCAUCCCGGAAGCACCCAGCGACAGCAUUCGGCGUCCAUCGGGUGAGAAGAAAAAAUCCGACUAUAGAAGCCGUGAUAAGUUUAAUGUGCUAAUUGGCGAUUGAUCAAGCCACGCUGACUGUCAGUUGAUGUGGACUACGAAUACGAACGAGGUCGCAAAGUGGCCGGACCGUUGUCUCCGCUGAUGCACCAGGACUCCGCCCAGCUUUAGUUCUCUCCGGUCAAGCUGAAUAGCAAACUCAUCGACUGAGUCUUCUUGGUCGGACGAGUAUUUGUCUUGUUUCGUUCGUUCGGGACGAGUAAAGUAAACCUACAUUUGUUUUAUUUUAGAUAGUGAUUAAAGAAAAAAAAAACUGGCCCAAGAAUCCCCCACGUAACCCUUGGUUUCGUUCAUGUUUUUUUUUUCCAAUGGAAAUCAUUCCCUUUGGCUCUGAAUUGUGCCGUUUCAAAGUAGUUUACUUUGGAUCGGCUUUUUUUUUGUACUAUAGAAUCAUAAGCUUUGGAGAACGACGAUUGUACGUUUAUUAUUAACCAAAUUGAUUAGCAUUUUUCAUUGUUAGUGCACGCGGUAGAAUCGCUUCGAUAAUAACGAAUUGGCAACUGUAGAGGGAAAUUUUGCUUUUUAGGAUGAUCAAAACAAAAUUAAUAUAAUGCCAAUAAUCUAGUCAGCAAAGUUUACGUGUUUGAGCGGCUACAGGUUUUUUGGUAUUUGGUGCAAAUUAAACGACAAUUCGUUACAAUACAUACUUAAUAAGCGGAGUGAUCAAUCUAGAGGUGUUGUCAUUAGGAGGGAUGCAAAUUGUAAUAGUCGAUGAUGGAUGAUUAUUUGUUACUACCCCAUAAUUAAAGAGUGAUAAUAGAAAUGUAAGGUUUUUAGGAAGUGGAUACCGAUUAUCAAUCAAGAUAAGGUCCACGGUGCCCAUCGGAAACAAAAAAAAACCGCAGUUGUUUUUGAAUCGAAAAUGGACGAAUACAAUCAGUUGUCCCAAUACAGACAGUCAUACGAUUUUGGUAGAGUUUCCUUGCAAUGCAGCGGUUAUUUGUCUUGAAAAGUUUGUUUAUUUUUUCAACUCGAAAAUUAUUGACCUGAAUUCUCCUCAUUUCAAAUCAUCAGUAAAAAACUAAAUAAAAAAGAACACAUGCACAGACGCAAAAAAAAAAGUUAAUCCAAAGAUUAAUCAUAGUUUCAUACCAAACAAUGAUCUAAUAAUAUUAGUUUGUAAAGAGUUGAGAAUAAUUCUUUCAUCUGUACAAUAAGACCAAUAAAAUCAAAUCUGUUUUGUACAUUGAAUUUUUGGGUGUUUUGUUCUGAACGCAAAACAAACACAAACAAAAAAAACACGAAUUGACGCACUCUUUCGGAACCAGAUCUCCUAGCUGAGUUUUUUCCCCCAACACAAGAAACUAAAUUUAUACAAUGCUGAAAAAAAAAAUACCAACCGCGUGAUGCUGGGAGAAGCUGUUAAUUCAAACGAAAGCGUAUGGGAGAAAAAAAACAACCCAGCAAACAAGGAAAUAGUAACUAUUUUACAAAGAGAUUUUUUAUUAACGGAAAACAAAUACUAGGAAAACUAGUUCAGCAGCAGGCGGGGCAUUAGAAGCAAAGAGUUGGAACUGUGUUGCAAAGCCCCUAAAUGAUGUCAGCCUGUUGAAAUCAAGGGUGGUAAAAGUGGUUCGACUUCCAACCCCCUCCCCCCAUUUUCCAGGGCAUUUGUGGUGACACAUAAAAAAAUGGUGAACCGUUUACUAGAUUUAUAUAUAUUGAUGAUGAUGAUGAUAAUAACUACUUAUUGUUUAAAUAGAAAAGGUCUAGGCAGAAGGCAAACAGUGUAAAAAUGUUAGAGAAUAACGAAAAACAAACCCAGUAUGAGCUAUGGUAAGUUAGAAAUUAGAACAACCAAUAGACAGGAACGAGUAAAUUAAAUGGCUGAUGCGAGUUUGUGACUGCAAGGGAGGGAGUAUAGCAGAUUAAAAAUAAAACAAAACAAAAAAAAUAUGUUGACAGUCCACUUGGGAUGAGAAUAUAGAUUAAAAGUAACACAAAUUGUGAAUAUACUUUGAGAAUUGUAUAAUACGAAACUGAAAAUAAAUAAAGUGAAAGAUGACUUUAUUGAAUAAA